AUGGCUGAUUCCACUGAAGAGGAUGAUUCAUUCACCAAGCCUCUUGGAAGAUGUACUGUCACUUAUUAUGGCGUGGGGCAUAUGCUCAAUGACAUUACUGCUUCCUGUUGGUUUACAUAUCUCUUAUUGUAUCUGACAGAUAUUGGACUGUCCCCAAGGGAUGCUGCUGCGGUUAUGCUUUCUGGUCAAAUAGCUGAUGGAUUUGCAACGAUAUUUGCUGGCGAACUGAUAGACAGGUUUGGACAUUUCAAAUUGUGGCAUGGUGCAGGCUCUGUUUUGGUUGCUAUUUCUUUUUCUUCCGUUUUUGGUGGUUGCAUGCCCUGUAAAAUUUUUGGUACCUCUUCAUCAACAUUGCGAACUGUUGGUUACAGUAUGUUUGCUGCUAUAUUUAAUGUGGGUUGGGCAGCUGCUCAGGUUUCACACAUGUCUAUGUUGAAUUGCAUUACACUGAAUCCAACAAGCAGAGUGAUCCUAGCUAGCUGUCGAAAUGCUUUUACUAUGGUUGCCAACCUCAGCCUGUAUGCAGUUGCUUUUAUAGUCUUUGGUGUCACUAUGGCAAGCACACAUGCCGACAUUGAAAAUCAGUACCGGUGGAUUGCAUAUUUGUCAAUCUUCAUAGGAUGCUGCUUUGUGGGUAUAUUUCAUCUCGGAACCAAAGAGCCAAGAUUAAAAGUAAGCUUACAAGGAAAUAAUCAUUCAAGGAUUUCAUGGACAUACUGGUUCAAGAGAGUUCUGUAUUAUCAGGUUGCUCUUGUUUAUGUGCUUACCAGACUAGUGGUCAAUGUUUCACAGGCAUAUCUUGCAUUCUAUGUUAUAGAUGAUCUGCACAUGGCACAAUCAGCUAAAGCUCUGGUUCCUGCAAUUAUCUACAUUAGCAGCUUCCUCGUAUCUAUAAUACUACAGGAGAUCUCAUGGACUGGCCAAUGCCUGAAGGCCUGCUAUUCUGCUGGAGCCAUUGUUUGGAUAUUUUGUGGGGCAGGGAUCCUGUUUUUACCUGGAAGCAUGAGUGCUUUCAUGUACGUUAUAUCCGUAUCUAUUGGCAUAGCAAAUGCUCUAAUGAUGGUGACUGGAGUAAGUAUGCAAAGUGUUCUAAUCGACAGAGAUCUCAAUGGCUGCGCAUUUGUAUGUGGAUCAUUAAGCUUCAUGGACAAAAUCUCGUGUGGGCUUGCCUUAUUUGUGCUUCAGUCAUAUCAAAGUACGCGAGUCAUACAGGAAAACCAUUCAAAUGAUGUCUACUUCUCAGUCACAAGAUUUGGUUUGGGUUUUGUUCCGGCAGUUUGUUCACUCAUCUCUGUGAUAGUUACUUACACCAUGAAACUCCAACCUGCUCCCCGUAAACCUUUAAUGGAGCCUCUAUUGGUAUAG